UAGAUACCUCCACCCUCAUCCCUUCACUUCCGCUUCCCUUCACUCCCCUCCUCUUCCGCUCCCUCUCCGAACCCUAAAAGAUCCAAUUUUGAUUCCAAAAAUUCCCAAAAGAUCCAAUUUUGAUUCCGAAAAUCCACAAAAGAUACAAUUUUGAUCCCAAAAUCGAGAGACUCGAUGGAAACGGAGAGAUCCAUGUCCUCCAUUAUCGAUCUCUCCUCCGAUCUCCGCUCUCCUUAAAGCACUAAUCCCUACCGUUUCAAUUUUUAUCGGUUUUUCGAAGCUUUUGAGGCGGAGAAAUUGCGAUCGAGAUCGAGAGAUUUGGCCCAAAAAUGCUCUCCAAUUCGCCGUUUAUUCUGUCGUUUCUUCUUUUGUUAUCGCUUGCCCUCCUCUUCGUUCUUGGCCCCCGGAUUCUGACCCCAAAGACGCUUCCGAGCAUCCCGGAUCCCGACGAGAUCGACGAUCUCGCCCUCUUCCGCCGCGCCACCCUAUCCUCCGCGGGAGGCGGUGCGGGCGCUGGCGCCGGACUCCGCCGACGGCCGGCGUCGCCGCCCAAGAUCGCGUUCCUCUUCCUCACCAACUCCGACCUCUUCUUCGCCCCCUUGUGGGAGAAGUUCUUCGCCGGCCACGGGCAGCUGAUGAACGUCUACGUCCACGCCGACCCCGCCGCCCGCCUCCACCACACGCCGACGCCUUCUUUCCGCGGGCGGUUCAUCCCGGCCAAGGCCACCCAGCGCGCCUCCCCGACCCUCAUCUCCGCCGCCCGCCGCCUCCUCGCGGCGGCGCUCAUCGACGACCCCGCCAACGCCUUCUUCGCCCUCAUCUCCCAGCACUGCAUCCCCCUCCACUCGUUCCGCUUCGUCUACCACGCACUCCUCGCCGACCCCGGCUCCUCCUCCCUCUCCUCCAGCGGCCGCCUCCGCCGCCGCCACCGCAGCUUCAUCGAAAUCCUCGCCAACACCUCCCUGCUCUGGGACCGCUACAACGCCCGCGGCAAGAACGUGAUGCUGCCGGAGGUCCCUUUCGACCGCUUCCGCGUGGGCUCCCAAUUCUUCAUCCUCGCGCGGCGCCACGCCGUGCUCGUCGUCCGCGACCGUCGCCUCUGGAACAAGUUCCGCAAUCCGUGCCUCAAAUCCAUGAAGGAUUCCUGCUACCCGGAGGAGCAUUACUUCCCUACCCUUCUCGACAUGCAAGACCCCGAUGGCUGCACUCGCUACACCCUCACUCGUGUCAAUUGGACCGGCAGCGUCGGCGGCCACCCGCACACUUAUCGCCCGCCGGAGGUCUCCGGCGAUCUCAUCCAGGAGCUGAGGAAGUCCAAUUCCUCCUAUUCCUACCUCUUCGCCCGCAAGUUCUCGCCCGACUGCCUCGAUCCCCUGCUCGAGAUCGCCGACACCGUCAUCUUCCGAGAUUAGUAUCAAAUUAGUCCUCUUGGUUGCCCAAAUUAUGCCGGGCGAUCGAUGCUGACACCAAUGGAACGAGGGUUUGAUGAGAAAGUGAGAGGUACUAAGGCUGCUCCAUCUCAUCCUUUUCAUCUGGGAACAGCAUCUAUCCCUCUCUGAGUCACAACUAUUUUACUCCCAUCUUCUUCUUCCACUCAUCCAGACCUGGCAAGAUGGGCUGAUUAGAGAGUUAGGAGGAAUUAAGUGAGGUUGUUAAGUGUGAUUAGUAACAAUGGAAAGCAACCAUGCUUAGGCAUUUAGCAUUCCCAUCCUAUGUAAUACACAAACUCAGUCCAUCCAAUAUCAAUACAUAUAGUGAUUUUUAUGGUCAUGACAGUGUAGUUCUUUUCUCUCUCUUGCUGGUCCCUUGACUUAGUUUAUAUAAAGAUU